GUUCAAAUCCCUGAGAAAAAUAUCGCCCUUCCCUUCCGUCUGUUUCCCCUCUCCAGCCCGGCUCUGCCCAGCUGUGCCCAGCUCCUUCCCAGCACAGACGCUGGUGCUCAGCGAUCCUUCGCUCGCCACUUUGCGAGGAACUUUGGCUAGCUCCCCUGCGCCACCCGGAGAGGGAUGUUAAUGAGGGAGCGUGGCCCAGCGCGGCGAGCCAGAAGGCUUCUUAAGCCGCGAUUGGCUGCAGCUUGGCGGAAGGAUGGCGUUAUGCAAAUGAAGGGGCGGGGCCGUGAGGCGCGAGCCCCGCCUCCUCCCUUUGGGGUUAGUGUGCCUGUGUUUAGCUCUGGGGAGAGUCAAACUGGAUUCCAUAGGGAAAGCCUGCAAAUCACUUCUAUUUUAGCAAGGAGAAAACAGAAUCUCCAUCCAGCAGGGUCCACCCCUCUCUCUUUCUCCCUCUCCUCUCUCUCUUUCUCUUUCUCUCUCUGUCUUUCCCUCCCCCCCUUCCUCUUUCCCUCUCUCUCCCCCCUUCCCCCCACCCCACUCUCCCUCUCUGGUGUAUCUGUCUACGGCAACCAGCGUCCUCAUCUAAACGCACUGAAAGGAAAGAAACAUCUUUGGUUGGGAGAGAAGGAGGAAAAAAAAGAGAGAGAGAGGAAAAAACUUGCCUGGUUGUGGAAAAUGACACUUGAAGUAGCAAAGCCGGCAGCGCGAGUUGAGUCUAUUGUUUCUUAAAUUGCCAUCAGGGCUUUUUUUUUCUUCCUGCUUCUUCAAGUGAAGGGUACCUCUACAAAAGGAAACUCCAGCCCCUCCUGUCCUCCACCGGCCUGUGAUCAUUACAAAAAAAAAAAAAAAAAAAAAAAAAAAAAGAAAAAAAAAAAAAGAAAAAAAAAAGAAAAAAAAAAAAAGCACCCAAACCAAAAAUUAACCAACCAAACAACCCCCAACAGCCAAGCAUACAUCUCUAUUUUUUUUUAUUUUGGUCUUUUCGUUGGAUUUUCCCUUCUUUUUUUUUUUUCUCUCCUUUUUUUUCGUGUUAUCGCUCAGUUUUGAGCGAAGGUUUACAUUUUUAAAAAAUUUGCUUUCCAGCCCGCCUUGAUCUUCUAGCGCGAGUUCAUCGUCUCAAAAAAAAAAAAAAAUCUCUGGCUGGCGUUUUUCUUUCCUUUUUUUUUUUUUUUUUUUUUUUUCAAUAUUUUCAAGGGGGAGGAGAUUUUCCACAAGAAAAGGUUGUUUUCAUGUUUGGGAUUCAGGAAAGCAUCCAACGGAGUGGAAGCAGCAUGAAGGAAGAGCCGCUGGGCAGCGGCAUGAACGCGGUGCGGACGUGGAUGCAGGGCGCCGGGGUGCUGGACGCCAACACGGCGGCGCAGAGCGGGGUGGGUCUGGCCCGGGCUCACUUUGAGAAGCAGCCGCCUUCCAAUCUGCGGAAAUCCAACUUCUUCCACUUCGUCCUGGCCCUCUACGACAGACAGGGCCAGCCCGUGGAGAUCGAGAGGACAGCCUUUGUUGGGUUCGUGGAGAAGGAAAAAGAAGCCAACAGCGAAAAGACCAAUAACGGGAUUCACUACCGGCUCCAGCUCCUCUACAGCAAUGGGAUAAGGACGGAGCAGGAUUUCUACGUGCGCCUCAUUGACUCCAUGACAAAACAAGCCAUAGUGUAUGAAGGCCAAGACAAGAACCCAGAAAUGUGCCGAGUCUUGCUCACACACGAAAUCAUGUGCAGCCGCUGUUGUGACAAGAAAAGCUGUGGCAACCGAAAUGAGACUCCCUCAGAUCCAGUGAUAAUUGACAGGUUCUUCUUGAAAUUUUUCCUCAAAUGUAACCAAAAUUGCCUAAAGAAUGCAGGAAAUCCACGUGACAUGCGGAGAUUCCAGGUCGUGGUGUCUACGACAGUCAAUGUGGAUGGCCAUGUCCUGGCAGUCUCUGAUAACAUGUUUGUCCAUAAUAACUCUAAGCAUGGGCGGAGGGCUCGGAGGCUUGACCCCUCGGAAGGUACGCCCUCUUAUCUGGAACAUGCAGCUACUCCCUGUAUCAAAGCCAUCAGCCCGAGUGAAGGAUGGACGACGGGAGGCGCGACUGUGAUCAUCAUAGGGGACAAUUUCUUUGAUGGGUUACAGGUCAUAUUCGGUACCAUGCUGGUCUGGAGUGAGCUGAUUACUCCUCAUGCCAUCCGUGUGCAGACCCCUCCUCGGCACAUCCCUGGUGUUGUAGAAGUCACAUUGUCCUACAAAUCGAAACAGUUCUGCAAAGGGACACCAGGAAGAUUCAUUUACACAGCGCUCAAUGAACCCACCAUCGAUUAUGGUUUCCAGAGGUUACAGAAGGUCAUUCCUCGGCACCCUGGCGACCCCGAGCGUUUGCCAAAGGAAGUAAUACUCAAAAGGGCUGCAGACCUGGUGGAAGCGCUGUAUGGGAUGCCACACAACAACCAGGAAAUUAUUCUGAAGAGAGCCGCUGACAUCGCAGAGGCUCUGUACAGUGUCCCCCGCAACCACAGCCAGCUCCCGGCCCUCACCAACACCUCGGUCCACGCGGGAAUGAUGGGCGUGAAUUCCUUCAGUGGACAACUGGCUGUGAAUGUCUCGGAGGCGUCACAGGCCACCAAUCAGGGUUUCACCCGCAACUCAAGCAGCGUGUCACCACACGGGUACGUGCCGAGCACCACCCCCCAGCAGACCAACUAUAACUCCGUCACCACGAGCAUGAACGGGUACGGCACUGCCGCCAUGUCCAACCUGGGCGGCUCUCCGACCUUCCUCAACGGCUCAGCUGCCAACUCGCCCUACGCCAUCGUGCCAUCCAGCCCCACCAUGGCCUCCUCCACAAGCCUCCCCUCCAACUGCAGCAGCUCCUCGGGCAUCUUCUCCUUCUCACCAGCCAACAUGGUCUCAGCCGUGAAACAGAAGAGUGCUUUUGCACCAGUCGUCAGACCCCAGACUUCCCCGCCUCCCACCUGCACCAGCACCAAUGGGAACAGCCUGCAAGACCAGUCUUUUGUGGACUCUAGCAAGUUCUCCACUGCAGGGUCUCUCCCGGGACUGGCAUUCUCCUGAACGAUAUCUGGCAUGAUCGUUCCUCCCAUGUGAAAGAAUUGCCUUGAAGAAUUUUAUUAAUGAAGAGGUUGGAUUCUGCUACAGAGAGUAAUCUGAUACAAGUCCCCGAGUGGAACUUUUAACUCAGGCCUUUUUAAGAGGAAUCACAAUAACUGCAGAUUUUUAAACAAACAAUAUCACCGACCUUGCAAAUACUGAAAUUGGAAGGGUUCUGCAAGUGCAGUGUUGGUUAAAAGUUGUACCUCCCAAGUAUUUGGGGGAUAUAUUUAUUCUGUGUUGAUAAAAGCAAAUCCACUUUUUCAUUUUCUUUCUUUUUUUUUUUAAGCUUAACUCUGCAAUCAUUUGUCUUUUAUAAACCGUAAAGCUGUAUACAAGGGACACUAUAAAUAAGACUCCAUGUUUUAAUUUAUGAUGUUUUUAAAGCUGUGUAAAGGGAGAAUGAAGUGGUGAUAUUUACAAAAAAGUAAAAAAAAAAAAAAAGAAAAGAAGAAAAAAAAAAAAAAAGCUUGUAUGGGACAGAAUAGGAAUGCCAGUUAGAUUUUUUAGAAAACUAAGGGUCGGCUUUUGCGCCUUAAAGCAUAUCAAAUGGUAGUUAGCUCAGACAGUGCAUUUUCAAUAUCUAACUUAACAUGCCAUCCCUUAGCAGUGCAAGCUUAUUUAUCUCUUUUGUAUUGUUGUCUUAAGUAACUGUGUAAAUAAAUGCAGCCUGGAAAGUUAAAAAGUGAUGUAAGUGAUCACAUUUUUCCCUUCUACUCAAAAAUCCAGUGCCUCUAGACAGAUUGUUAAAACUGCAUAUUUAAA